AUGGUGCUUGUGCCUCCUUCCAGCAGCACAAACCCUGGCUCCUACCUACAGGUUUCCUCCCUGAAUCCCCAUCUCCUCUUCUCUCCCAGGUAUUUCUUCCCCCGCCAGCUCCUCAUCCGCUAUUUCUGGACCCCCACCCAGCAAAUUGAAUUCCUGGACACCUACGACUCCAUCCGGAGAGACUCGUAUCCGGGCGUGGUGGAGAGUUUGGCCCUGGCAGCGCGUUCCCUGCCCGAGCAGCAGCUCCAGAAGCGGCUGCAGGAGCUCUGUGCCGAGGUGCAGCGAGGUUCCCAGCCGCGCGUGGCCGAGCUCUACGCUGUCAGAAGCUUAUUUUCAGGAUCUCCACUGGCUCUCAACAAGCUCCAGGUGUCUCAUGUGAAAGCCCUGAGCCAGGUCCUGUUCCUGACCACCCACUUACCCACCUUCUUCCUGAGGCAUCGUCUGCGCAGCCACGUCUUGGAGAUCCGGCAGCUGGACCGUGCCCUGCUGCGCCUGGGCUUGGGCCAACUGUCCGAGGAGGAGCUGAAAGCGGCUUGUUACCUCCGUGGCUUGAACUCCACUCCUUCUGAAGCUUCUCUCCUGGCAAACAGCAUGGUCCUGCUGUCCCUCAACUACCUCAGGGCCAAGGAGUGA